AUGGAUUCACUAGAACAAAGUUUAGCGAAAUUGAAGGAGGCCAUGGCAAAUCAGAUGAAGACGAAGGUGGGGUGGUUGAGGAAAGAUUUACCCGUAAGCAGGAGAAAACCGAUCAGAUCUUGGUCGCGUUGUUGGAGGGAUAGUCGAAGAGAGAACGAAAGAGAACCCUCGGUUGAGGUUGAGGUUGAUGCCGGUGGAGGAGGACGGUCUAGCUGGCGGCAACGGAAGUUAGACAUACCCACUUUUUGUGGGGAAGAUCCUGAUUCUUGGAUACGAAAGGCUGAAAAAUACUUUUCAUUUUACCAGUUGAACGAGAGAGAGAAAUUGGAGGCAGCGGCGGUGAGUUUCGAAGGAGAGGCGGAGAUGUGGUUGGAUUGGGAGGAACAAAAUGGCACGGUGAGGAGUUGGUAUAAUCUAAAGAAGCUGAUUCUUGGCCGGUUUCGGCCUUGGGAUGAGGGCGAUGUGUGCGAGUAUUGGCUGGCUAUAGAGAAAACAGGGACGACGACCGACUAUCGACAGGAGUUUGUCACCAGAUUGACGCAUUUGGGCAGGAAGGAGGAGAGCUUGAUGCUUGGUGCUUUCAUGAGAGGGUUGAAAGAAGAAAUUAAAACCGAGUUGAAAAUGCUUGGGCCAAUUAAUUUGGGGCAAGCAAUGUCGUGGGCCGAGAAGAUUGAGGCAAAAGUGGCGGCCCAGUCUUGGUUGGGAACGAGGAUAGAACCCGUCCAUAAACCUUAUUCUUACCCUACCAGAAAUUACCAAACUGACUUCCGUAUGUCUAAUUACCAGAUUACCAAACCUUAUUCUUUCUCGUUCAACUGGUAAAAUGAAAAGUAUUUUUCAGCCUUUCAUAUCCAAGAAUCCGGAUCUUCCCCACAAGAACUGGGUAUGUCCAACUUCCGCCGCCGCCAGCUAGACCGUCCUCCUCCACUGGCAUCGUCCUCAACCGAGGGUUCUCUUUCGUUCUCUCUUUGACUCCGGUGAUUUGGCCAUCCCCUGUCAGUUUCAUUGAGAUGGGUCUCCAUGUCCUGAGUCGCCCGCCUCCUACAAGUCGGCUCUUCCUUCUCUCCUCUUUGGAACAGUCUCGCCUGUCCCUUCAACAACACGACCAAGAUCUGAUUGGUUUUCUCCUGUUUACAAGUAAAUCUUUCCUCAACCACCCCCACUUCCGUAUUCAUCUGAUUUGCCAUGGCCUCCUUCAAUUUUGCUAAGCUUUGUUCUAGUGAAUCCAUGAGUUUUUGAAAAAAAAAAAUUUCUCUGUUUCAGAACGCAAAUUUGCUCUGAUACCUUUGUGAUAGAUCAGUUCUGUCUUCUGUUCUGGAUUCCUAUUUGAUUGAUUUAUCAAGAAAUAGAGAUUAAAGAAAGAAAAUAUUAAUCCACACACUAAGGUAACACAGUUUCGAGCACUGUUAAGCUCCUGCUCAAUACUUCCUUUUAUUUCUUACUUGACAAAACAGGAAUAUGUAUGAUGAUAGUCUUAUAUAGGAGUCACACAAGACCCACUAAGAUACCUCUUCAAAAUAUCUAAAGACUAACAUUUACAUGACAAUUGUCCCCUUAUUUUUAUUUCUCCUUUGAUAAGUCUUGAGGACUGGUUGUUCUCUCGUGACAUAGACAUUAGCUCUAGGUAAACAUGAUAGAUCCUCCUUUUGCAUUUGUUAGUUUGACUAGUGUUCACUGCUCAGAUUCAGAACUAAAUUCUGGAUAAUUUCAUUAUGAAGUAUGAAGAAAAGAAUUUGCAGUAAAUAAAUUGGAUUACCCUAUUUAAUUCCAUGUGUUCUUAUACAACGAUAUAUUUACUGUUCAAGAGAUUCUGGCUUUAGUACUUGUUCUACUUUUUUCUUUAGUUAAAUAGGAGUAUUACUUAUAGUACUGCCUCCUAUUCUACUCACAUAUAUCUCCAAUUGCGCUUGGUCUAAAAUUAUUAAAAGUUUAUAUUAAUAAAAUUUACAUUGUGAUGAAUCAAACAAGAUCUUACUUGACUAUGUUUUAAGUCAUAGAUUGAGAACAAAAUACAAACUAAUAGUUAUUGGUAAAUAGCGUAAAAAAACAAAUGGAAUAUUUGAUCCGAAUCAGAAGGAAUGUUACUUUAUGGUAUUGAAAUGAAUUUUGACAUUGUUGCCAUUCAUGGUCUUCGAGUCCUGUUACUGGCGAUAAAACGUCCUGUGGAGGUCUAGAGGAUGUGAUGUUGCUCUGUAAGUGAGAUUGCCUUUGUGGCGAAAACCCUGGGCUGAUUCUUCAGCUUCCCAGUUUCCAUUCCCCUGGAAUAAUAUCUGUGUUUAACUUGAGUUCAACGUACAAUUUGAUUUGCAUUUAUAGGUCAGGAGCUGAACGGAGAGACACCUUACGGCGAAGGCAUGGUUCAGAUACUUGUCCCUGCAGACUUGGCUCGAAAGAUCAAAAUCAUCGAAAAGAACUUGAUAUCCAUGCAAGACUCUUGUUCCGAGUUAGCUAUUCAAAUAGGCAAUCUUCAAAGGCAGAUAGACCAGUUGCUUGAGCAAUCAGAAAGUAUCCACCAGAAAUGCGAAGCCCCUAUUACUCACAAAGGAAACGUUAAUAACAUGAUGAGUGAGGUGGGACUGGUUUGUGCAACUGACAAAGAUCAGAAGCCUAACAAUGAAGACGUGCAGGACAACAAUAUUUACAAAUCUUCAGAGGGUGUAGACUUGAACUCUAUCAAACUUGAUGGUGUUUAUGUUCGUAUUUCUGGGCACAAAUGUGUUCACAACAAACAGAUCACGCGGUUUCCUGAUCAAGUUGAAAAGCAUCAAAGUAAUCAGCAAGGUAAUAUAGUCUUUAUGUAACAAGUGCCUGAACCUGAACGAACAAUUACAUAGCUCGCUGGAUUAUCGACAACUACAAGCCAAUGAUUUCUCUCUAAUUUGCUAAGGGCUUCGAGAUUCAUCAGAUCGCUCAAUUUUAUGUCAACUUGAUGGCAGUAGUCCCUACAUCCUGGUCGUCUGAAAAUUUGUGCUAGCUACGGUUAAUUGUUUCUUAUUUAUGUUGUACUUGUAGCCUUUGUACUGUUUUUGUCCUUAUAAUUUUGCCAAAAUGACUGCAACUGGAAAAAACGGCCAGAGGGAGUACAAUUUCUUUGUUAAACAUUUUAGCUUUACGAUAUUUAAUUACAUAUAACUACAAGUCCUUGCUUUCUCAAUUUUACUGCACUGCUAAAAUCAAUAAGACUGAUAUUACAAGUCCUUGCUCUCUCAAUGUUUACUCAAGGAUUCCUCUAUGUUUGAUUUUAAAAUCCAUAUAUUAAUUUGCAUAAUUUUCAGCACUUACAACAUGCAAAUUAAAAUGGCCAACUACCUUUGCUUAAUGAAACUAAAUACAAGGGAGGCUCGUUUUUGGAAGUAGGUGUUUGAUGUAAUCAAUGAACUAAGACAAUUUUUAAGUAAAUAAGAUGAAAUGAGUGAUAGACAAAUUAAAUUAAA